AUGCUCACGAGGAGAUGGCAUCGUGCUAUUUCGACGCGUUAUUUAGUCUACUGCCGCUCUUUGAGCUCAUUCCGCACGCAUUCGUGUGGAGAACUUCGUCAAUCGCCUCAUGAAGGACAAAGCGUGACGCUAAGUGGAUGGGUGGACGCGCUGCGUCCAUUCGGUCCCGUCUCGUUUGUGUCACUUCGUGACCGGUACGGUGUGACGCAACUUGUUCUGGAAAAAGAUUUCCUCCAAUCAGCAGAGAAUGUUGUGCGUAGGAUCCGACCCGAGUCAGUACUGCAAGUGUCAGGCAUUGUACGAGCUCGGCCAAUGGGUAUGCGCAACAAGAACAUAGCUACUGGAGCUAUCGAGGUCGUUGUCGACAAGAUGACCGAGCUGAAUUCGUGUGCGAACUUACCUAUUCAAGUGGCGACGGGAUCUGCCGGGGCGAAUGAAGACGCACGGCUGCGGCAUCGAUACUUAGAUCUUCGUCGGCCAGCGUUGCAGCAAAACCUCAUUCUACGCUCAAAGAUAUCGCUCGCUGCACGCAACUUCUUGUGCGCGGAGGGUUUUCUGGAAAUUGAGACGCCGACGCUGUUUAAAAGUACCCCGGAAGGCGCUCGAGAGUUUCUCGUGCCGACACGGAAUCAAGGACUGUUUUACGCUUUGACGCAGAGUCCACAACAGUACAAGCAGUUGCUUAUGGUUGGUGGUUUAGAUCGAUACUUCCAGUUGGCGAGGUGCUAUCGAGACGAAGGCGGUCGCGCGGAUCGUCAGCCAGAGUUCACACAGAUCGAUCUCGAGAUGUCCUUUGUCACGCGCGAGGAUGUCAUGCACUUAAUCGAGCGACUUGUGAAGGAGAUAUGGAAGUCUGCGAACAAGGAGCUACCGGAUCGUCCAUUUGCUCGCAUGACUUAUGACGAGGCCAUGCACCGCUUUGGUGUGGAUAAGCCUGAUACGCGGUACGGCAUUGAGCUUCAGGAUGUGGACGACCUGUUGCAAGGAUGCGAGUUUGGUCCGUUAAAGACGGCAUUAGCCGAUCGCCAUGUCAAGAUUGAUAGCAAACGCGGAGUCGUUCGUGCUAUCAAUGCGAAACUCCUCUUAAGUACUGGAUUCUCGCGCAAGGACAUUGAUGAGCUGGAGAAAGUAGCUAAGCGCACAUCGAGCGUUGCCAGUGCAUUUGUCGUCAAGGUGGGGUCUGACAAGCAAUGGAAAGCCUCGCUGGCAAAACACUUGUCUACCUCCGAGAUUGAUCAGCUUAACGAGCGUCUUGACGCUAAGGAAGGCGAUCUCCUCAUCUUCGCUGCCGGUCCGUACCACGAUGUCACUACUCUGCUUGGACGGUUGCGUACGUACGUCUCUCGACUGUUGUACGCCAUGGGUUUCUUGCAAGCAGAGCUGGACCUAAACAACUUCCAUCACCUAUGGGUUAUCGAUUUCCCCAUGUUUGGGCGCACUGAGGAUGAUAAGGAAAAUGGAAGUUCUAUUGAAAGUGAAGGCAGGGUCUCGCUGUCUGCAACACACCACCCCUUCACUGCCCCUCAUCCCGACCACGCAGUACUUUUGGAUGAACUAUUGGUUCGUGCUGCUGAAGAAAAGGAGACGAGAAGUUUACUGGAAGAUCCUUUGAUCGUUGAGCAGCUAUUGAGUAUCACUGCCCAGCACUACGAUAUUGUAUGCAACGGCUGGGAGCUGGGUGGAGGAUCGAUUCGGAUUCACCAGGCAAAGCUGCAGCAAGCUGUCUUUGAAGAUGUGCUCGAGCUGCCAACCCAGCAACGUCAGAGCUUCGAUCACCUAUUACAAGCCCUUAGUCACGGGGCUCCACCUCAUGGCGGUAUUGCGCUGGGUCUAGACCGCCUCAUUGCAAUGUUGUGCGGAGCCCCGAGUUUGCGUGAUGUAAUCGCGUUCCCAAAGUCUUCUUCGGGUAACGAGCUGAUGACGAAUGCGCCAGGUCCCGUGCAGCCUGAACAGCUGAAGGAGUACCAUAUUCAGGUGCAGUGCGAGCAAGAGCAUACUGAUUGA